AGCUCAGCGACAACGUCAUCUUUCGUAAUUGGAUUGAUUCGACACUAAUCAGCUUUAAAAUAUGCAGUGAUUGGUAGAUUGGUAUAUCUAGCUAUAUAUAUCAUUCGCUUGAUACUAUAUGGAUAGGGUGUGAUAACUCGCUCGCUAUGCAGUUACUGUAAACAAUUUCUACCAUCAGAGACAGUUGGUUAUAAGUGAUUUAAACCUGCACCAUGCCCGUCACAAAUUUUUCGAUUGCUGUGCUUAUGGGGGACGUUGAGGAUAAGGAAAUACGUCUGGGAAGUGAAAAUGUCGACCAGCCUUCCCAAAAUGCGAAUGAUAAUGAACUCCUACAUCAUAUAAAAGGUAGUUUAUAGUUUUGUUAUAACGCAGUUUUACUUUUUAAUGUUGCUACUUUAACUUCAGUUUUUAUGCAUCGGGCUUAGAGACUUAGUGAAUGCUUGCGCCAUAAUUUGGAAUUGUACAUAUGAGUCAGUGCUACAGUGAAAGCCGGCACGUCCGACCAUUCCUGCGUGGUUGCGCUUAAAGUCUACCGAGUACGGGACAACAAAAAUGGUUUUGGUUAAACUUGUACAUUUCAGGAAUUAUGAAAUGCGUUUUCAUAAAAUCUUUAUUGAAAAUGUUCCUUGAACGAUUGUGCUUAAGGCUGUGUUUCGGACUUGAAUUUGCGACAUGAAGCCAGUUCAAACGACUAGCUCCAACCGAUCGUCUAACUUUAGACGAUUUUGGACAACGUUGGAUGAGAAUUUUAAAGUCAAGCCCAACAUCUUACAAUACAACAUCGGCCAACAUGCAUUGCCCAGUGUAGUGUUCAAACGAGGCCAAACAUUUUGCAUCCAACGAUGUUGUUGAACCAACAUGUUGGCCUCGGUUGAACGCAGGGCCAUUAAUUCUCGCUUCAUAUACGCCAUGAACGGUGUUGUCAUACCAUCGCAACAGCUAAUGAAAUACUCACUGUACCGUAGGAUGACUGCAUCUUUCCAAUCAUUUUGUACAAUGUACAAGGUAAUGUACCAUUAUGCCGCUUUAGUUACAAAUGGUUUUGCGUUACAGUUCAAAACUAUGCAACCUCAGACAGCUGAAAAUAUUGUACCAUAGCGUAGAGCCCUUCGUUUGCAGGGCAACCUUAACAUUUCGUUCUAAUUGAAGACGCAAUUUAUACAAAAUAACGCGCAUUAGAACGCUCUCUUGGUUUCUCCGCCCAUCGCAUUGCGGUCCAUUAAAAAUCACUUCGGUUAACUGGCAAACUAAAUGAUAAUGAAGCCAAAAUAUAAGAAUAUUGUGCCGCCAUUUUAUACACGAUAGUAUAACUACUGUAUAGCUUAGUAUCUAAAGGAUGACGCAAAUUAUGUAAAUUAGUUCAAGUUUUGCCUUUUGCGCAAUAUAAAAUAGAUUCUCCGAACGAACGCGCAAUUCGCUCAAAAUUAAGAAUCAGCACAGGGCAUGAUGUCAGUGUGACUCGUAUGAUAAUCAAUCUUAGUCAUAUUUGCAAUGUAGUGUUAAAAGUAGGCCGGCUUUUCAAAAUAGCGUAUCCUGAAACUGUUUAAUUUGGCAAUGGUUAAGCAUUCGUGCAUGCGUUAAAUCAGGCGAAGUUAGCGUGCGGAAAUUGUAAGUGGCUUUUACUAAGUGCACACGAAAUGUUUGCAUGCACAAUUGAAUGAAUAUGUUAGUUUAAGCAUGAAUUGAAGUUGGGUUCAAUAUCUUGUACUAUACUGAGGCACACUUCAUCACUCUUUUGAAAUAAAAGCAUGGUAAAAUUACCAUUUGUUGGGCUAGGGCGCUAGAUUUCAGAAUUACACAGAAGCAGUUAGGGCUAGUCUUGAAAUCUUAAAAUAUCCUGAAUCUGUGUGCUGUUUACAGCUUUUCUUCUCAAUGAUGGCGCACAUUAUGCAAACGAUUAGUUUAACUUUUGCGCAAUGUAAAUAGAUUCUCAAAAUGAGUGUGUAAUUCCCUAAAUAUUGACACUUAGCACAAAGUAUGCUUUCUUGAACACUUGACAAUAUGCGGCCACACUAAGUGUUGUGCUCAAACUAAUAGGUCUUGACUAUAUACAGUCAAUGCGGCCAUUAUAGACAUUAUUCUGUGUCAUUUAGUGAUUAGUGUUGGGGGAAAACUUACCCAUUUCAGGGUGUCUUGCAUACUUGAAUAUUGGAUCAUAGUUUUCUGAUGAAUGACUACUCGAAUGACUAUACAGUCCCGUAUACUGAAUGCAUGUUUUUGCAUGUCCAAAACUGAUGCCAGUAAGCCGUUGGUUUUGCUCCCUCAUUUGAGAUGAACAACGAACUUUUCAACCUAGAGAAUGGAAGCCAUUUUUUAUUUAUGCUUGCAGUGAUUAUAGAAUAGGUUGAUUAUGCAGGAGUUUGUUGUCUGUGUACUCUUAUGAUCUAUACUCAGUUGUGUGUAGCCUAUGCCGUUUAUGUACAUCAACAGUUGCUGUUUUCUCCUUCAUUAGCAUAAUUACCGCUUUACCUUAGUUUUCUUUAUCUUACUUGAAAUAGGGGGCAGAGUGAAUAUAAUGCGCAAAUAAGCACACACAUGGUACAGCUUUCGGAAAAUUACACCAGAACUAUUUUCAAUAGACUGGAUAGUUCCAUUAUUUAAACUUAUCUGUUAUGAUUUGCCAACUUGUGAACAAGGAAAUUGGUCAUAAAUUUGGCUGCCAAGAGACUGAUUUACUAAGUGUUAGAAGUCUCAGAAUUGCUUAAAUAGUUUCAGUUCAAAGUGACUGUUUAUCAAUUCAACGCGCAUGGAGAAUUUAACUUAAGUUUAAGAAAGCUAUUUGAAUACCUUGUUGACUGUGAACAUAGCCAGUGAAACGAGGGCGGAAAACUGUUAAGGAAAACGCGGGGGCUUGUUUUAGGACUAUCAGAUUCAGAUUCUAGAAACCAUUACGUUAUACGCAGUCACUCAAAUCCUUCUUUGCUAGAACGCACAUAGGCGUGAUAAGGCGAAAAGGUAUGAGGAAAAUCUGCACGUGCACUUGGACUUAGCGAGAAAAUAAAUCGCAGCAAUUUAUCGGUCCAUUUCUAAAGCUACGUUUACAUGCUACGAUUUGACGUGCACGAUUCGUAUUCUGGCGUUUUAAAAUGAGUCAGCUGGCGCCAUAAUUCAUUGCCGUUUCGUUAAAAACAAAUUUCAAAUGUAGCCAGCUUACCCGUGUUCACUCAAUGACAAACACCAGAAAACGAAUCGUACACGAUUAAUCGCAGUGUGUAAACGUAGCUUAAUCCAAUCGAUACAGUCGUUAUAAAUGACCGUUGAAAAUACUAUACUGAUAAAUGUUCUUUUGAGACCGCGUAAUUUACUUUGCCACCUCAGCCAGUAAGCAUCUAUGACUUUGUUUAACACUUUGCUUUAUACACUGCUAAUACAUCUAAAAAAAACUGUAAUCAUAUUAAAUAAUCUUCUUACGGAGCUAGUUCAAAUGGGCCGAACGUAAUGUAAAUCACCUAAACUCGUUGGUUGAGCUCAUUUGCGUUAGAUUUGGAACAUGAAAAAAAAAGUUUGACGUUCGAGCUAGGCUUCAAGCCCUCGUCAAACGAGGAUGAGAGUUGAUUAACUCUCAUCAACUCUCAUGCUCUCUCAUCAACUUGAAAUUUUGAUGUGAAUUGAGGCGAGUUGUCGCUACCCGCGCGGUAUAAUAUCCAGUCAAUUCUUGUUCUCGUUUGACCGGGACAUGACGAGAAUUGAGAAAACUCUCAUGCAAACUCCCGCUUCUCAACUCUCGUCAACCCUCAUGCAACUCUUGUUCUCGUUUGACCAGCGCAUGAGAGUUGGGAAAACUCUCAUGCAAACUCUCGCUUCUCAUCAAUUCUAGAAGUUAAAGUUUAUGUAAAUCAAGGGAAAUCUCUAUCACAUAUAAAGAAACGACACGUUUAUGAUUUUUCUUUGUGUUUUCCUCAUGAAUUAUUAAUGAGUUUUUGAAUAUUACUCUAAAGAAUAAAGAUGGUCCUGAAGGGGUAAAAUGGGAACUGGGACUUGCCUAUUCUUUAUCAAAUGCUCUGACUGGGACUGACAGACACAAAAAUGGAAUGGGGAACUAAUUAGUGAUGUUGAUACAAAAAGACAAUUGUAUAGUUGGACAUUUCAACGACGGGCUUUUAUACCAAAAUUUUAUUGUCUUCAUCACCCUGCCCUAGUUGGUAAAUAUGAACAAAAAGAUAUAGAACAGAAGCUUUGCAUACACCGUGACGUUACUAAAUUGCAUGUAUGCUUCAAACGAAGAAUCAAAUCCACAUAGUGUGAACGGGUAUUCACAAGACCUCAAAAUUGCUGCAAUUUGAAAGAGGAUAAAGAGCUAUAGAGGUGCAAAGGAAUUUGGAUUUGUGUGUUCGCUUUGUUGAAAUUCCGGUUUAAAAUCAUUGUUGGCUUGCAAUCGGCUAUUGUUUCUGUAAACAUGCAAAGUGUGUGGUUAGUCAUUACCCUUGGCAUUAUUUCAUGAAAAUAGCUUUGGCUGCAUACUGUUUCCGAGAUUUGAGCAUUGAAAGAUUUGUGUGAAGUUAGAAUUCAUCAAUGAGGUAGAUGACUCACUGUUUAGGCGACUGUCCAAGGAUAUAUCGCGCUGUAUUGUGUCUUUAAUUGUCUGUCACAAAAUCGAAGAAAUAAUAGAAUUAGAAGCUUACUCGAUUACGAAUCAUUCUAGCACUUUUUCGUAUGCGUGCCCCAAGGGAGGGGUCAUUAUUUAUGGGGGGAGGGGUGGCAUCUAAGAGAAUUGUUUUUCUUGGUAAAAAUUUUUCUGAUCCAACCAUUAAAAUUUUUUUACCCACCCCUGGCCAAAAAGUUUACAAAAGUAUCCCAUUCAGUUGUUACAUAUGUCCUUUACCACUUCUGUGACACGACUACUGGUGCAAUUUUCUCAGCAAGAGCUCCACCUUUGAAUUUACUAUAUGAGUAAAUUGUUAAACACGUCCGAAUUUAUCAAUACAAUAACUCGCGACACAUGUUGAGCCCGAACCCUAAUCGUAACCUAACCCUAAUCUAAUCUUUAUUUGACACAAAUCCAGAUUUUUUUGAAAAUCUCAAAUUUUGAACCACUGAACGAAUAGGUGUGCAUUUCCUGCGUAUAUAAUGAUUGGGUGAAGAUCGCUUUCAAUAAGCAUAGUAAAGUUAUAUAAGCACAGGAUUGUGUAUAUAAGCACUAUUAAUCCCAACGGCAACGCACAGUAUCUCCUUAGGACAAUGGCACUGCGGUACGCUUUCGUAAGUUUUUUUGUGCCUGUAAGAUAAAAUAUUGAACAUGUUGAAUUACUUUCGGUACGCUUGGAAGAAUGUCUGCAGUGUGCGGCAUGUUUUUGAAAGGGCAAGCGCAGAUAGUAGACAUAUGAGUAUUAUCAUUAGUUUCAUGAUAUCUGAGAAUUUGCUUUUGUUUCCAAAGGGAACACCCAUGUUAAUAAAACAACUCCGUCUUCUAACAAGAACUCUGACGAAAAACGAGACGCGAACAUCGAGCUGAGAGAGACAACAACGUUCCAACGAAAACGCACGAGUUUUUCGAGACUACAGCAACGGAUGCUUGAGGCGAAAUUCCAACGAGCUCCUUAUCUCACGAUCCAAGAACGCAACAAUUUGGCGAAUUUCCUGGAAUUAAAUUCAAGACAGGUGAAAGUUUGGUUUCAGAAUCGUAGAAAUAAGUGGAAACGAGAAAACCGUGGACAGUUAUUGAUUCAGCCUUCGUUAGAGAUGAAGUCGUAUGGUACAGCGGUUGCUCUCGAAAACUGUUUCUCGUGCGUCAUGUAUAAUCCGUACGCGCACCUGUACUUAAAAUCUGGUAAAUAGAGCGGGGGUGGAGAGAAGCCGGAAUUAGGGGGGGGGGGGGAAAUGUGAAAUGUCUGUUUCUCUUUCAAAGAGACAUCACUAAAUGGCAAAUUUUAUCAUGAUCCUUCAACCAACACGUACAUAUCGUUAAGCCUGAUUUACAGUAUCAAAGCUUCUGUGAUCACAGUAGAAGUUUUGCAUGGGUAAAUUCUAAAUUUUGAAGAAAUUGUAAGAAAUUUGUGAAGGAACUGACUUGGUGUUUAACACUAAGUAAGUUCCCUCAAACGUUUCUUGCAAAUCCUUCAAAACUUAGAAUUUACCUAUGCGAAUUCUAAAUUUAUACUGUGAUCACAGAAAGUUUGAUAGUCUUAACCAGCCUUUACUAUAUAAGUACUAGCAUGCAGCAAGUGGUGGGGUCAACCGACAGUUAUCAAUUAUCUUAAUUAUUUUCAUUGUAAUAAAAAGACAGCGUUUAGUUUGCGCAUGUAUUUAGUUUGUGCAUGAUUGACUGUGUAUUUGCUGAGGUAAUUAGUGCUUACUUAUAUAAAAAGGUCAGUCGCACUUUAACUGGAGUGCGGUCUUUUGUAGUGGGCCGAGGUCAACCACCAUCUCCUAUCCUGUAAUGUUUACUGAAACCAGUGACCUCCAUAUAUAUCUGGAGCGAGAAUUUGAGUCCAAAAAGUGAAGCCAAAAUGGCUGAAAUUGUAGGAGUUAUUCUACGUCAGUUCCAGCACAGAGUAUUAACACAGAAUAGAUACAGGACCAGAAGUGUCACUCAGACGAUAUUUUGUCCGAAAUUUUACGAGUGCUGACGUGAAAAUACGCCAUCAUAUGACGCCAUCCUGGAGUGCACACGGAAGUUUUUCAUAGGAAAACAUAGGUACAAAGUGCCGGGUGCACUCCAGGAUGGCGUCAUAGCACGCAAAAAAAUUUCGGACGUUUUCUUUCAGCCAAAACACAUAGGAGUGACACUUCUGGUCCGAUAUCUAUUCUGUGGUAUUAACACACAGAGGCUUCUCUAAAUGUCGGCACCUUUGAUGUCGGCGUAAGAGCUUUUUUGGAAAAAUCCGCCAUGUUCUUAGCCAGUCCAUUAAAGAGAGGCCGCCUUUUUACGUAAAUUGCGCAUGUGCAGGUACUGGCUAAGAACAUGGCGGCCAAAAAAACACCUUACGGUUUUUUCGCUGAGAUAAGCCUCUGUAUGUUACUCUGUGGUUCCAGUCCCUUUCUACUGUUUUUGUGUGCACGAAGCUGGCAAGGAGUGUGCCAAAAUUUCGUAUUUUGACAUCGAUUAAAGAAUAACACUAUGGUUUUAUGAACUGGUAACUUAUUUAGCGAUACGGUCCGUUAGAAAAAAACUGGAAUUAGCUGAAGAAAUGGCAUUAAAACUGUUUGCGAGCUUCAUAGAUAUUGGGCGUUAAUUUCUGCCAUCUUGGCUUCACUUUUCUCAUAAGGCCGAAUGACUGAAAUUCGCGCUCCAGAUAUAUAUAGAGCUCACUGACCAUUAAUAGAAAAAUCAAAUUAGUAAAAUAUGGAAUCUGUCAUGCAAAGCAAAAGUAUAAUUCCUUCUUCCUCUUGAUCUGAUGAUGCUCCGUCUUCUCUUUAUGACAAAGGUUGUUUGAGAAAUAACCUGCGUUAAAGAUAAAUUUCUACGGUCUUGUUUGGCGGGUGUUUAACUUGACGAUGUUGUUAAUAGUUGAUAGUUGUUGUAGUGUAUUAGAAAUAAAACUAUAUAUAUAGAAC